UAAAUCGAUCAGCAUUACAAAAAUGUUGAUGACCGAUACUUUUAGUGCAGCUCAUGAUAACUUGAUUAAAAAUCAUGGGACACCAGGAUUAUGGUUUACUCAUAGAGCGGAUUAUUGUGAAACACCACCGAAACCACGUGUACGACUUGAUGCUAUCGGGAUAGCUAAUCGUAAUAGAAAACAUCUGACAACAGCGGAAAUAAGUGGAUUCGUAAAUGAUUAUUCAAAUACUGAUGAAAUAAACAUAGAAAAGAAACCACAGCUACGUUUAAGAACAUCAGAAGCAUAUGGUAUAGCACAAAAGUCAAAAUCAGAAAGUGAUAAAUGGUGUGAUUUUGCUGAGAAUUUACAUUAUCAACCUAUGUUAAGACCACCUAGAAUAGGAACAGGAGAACUUGCCAAAACUAUUUUAAAGAAUAUGACACAAGAAUCUGAUUGGUUUAAACAUAAACCAUUUAAUAAAUUACACAUUGAUUUAACUUCUGAUAAAAAGCCGACAUCCAGUUACAGUCGGCGUAACGAAAUGAACAAUUGGUUUGCACAUCCACAAACUAGAGAAUCUUCAACUCAUUUUACAACUAAUCAACCAAGAGUAAAGUAUGAAGGUAUAGAGUAUGCAAUAAGAAAUCGUGGUUUGGAUGAUUUGCUUACCAUGAAAAUGUCACCUAACGAACUUCAUACCUCAUUUGCUUAUGGAUGUCCAACUAAGGAAGCUCAAACCAAUGCACAGUGGUCGAAGACAGGGACAGAUAUGGCAUUAUGUUUGGGCAAGAAGUUACAACAGGCAGAUAUUAAUGACCAUUCAUAUUUAUCGAUUCGACCACAGUCUGCAGGUGUCCGAGGAUCUGAUGCUGAACAGUGGAGACUAAUUGGUCGCAGUGGACACAUCAAUAGUUCCAUGUCUCUUGACAAUAAAGAAGACUCUUCAAACAUUGUGCAUCAUCGUGUUCGACCAGACGGUGAAAGUAUUUUGGAGAAAUCAGUUUCUGGUUCUCAAGUUAUUGAUUGCUUAAAUAUGCAGAAUAAUAAUAAAGAAGACAGUAUUACUGCUUAUCCUGGUAACCGUCUCAGAACUGAAGAAGCUAUUGAAGCUAUGAAACGAAAUCAAGGCCAAAUGUCUGAUCUUCUCGGUAGUAAAGCAAGUUCAGUAACAAAGCAUUAUGGAAGAAAAUUCCAAGUUCGUGGUAUAAGAGGAUCAGAAGCAUAUGAAGCUGCAUUGAAUAAUAAAGGUUCUGCUAUGAAAGAAUUGAUUACACAUGAUCGUCUACCUCCUAGUCCUAUUGGAUGCGGAUGUGCUCAUAUUAGUCAAGAAGCUCAGAAAACUGCUAAUCUAAGCCGUAAUGGUAUGAUUUCUGGUUUACUCGGUGGUUCUUCAACAUCAAAUAUACCACUUGUUGGAGUUGAAGCACCCCGACAAAGACAUGUGCAAUAUGAAGCUAUUGAAUAUGCGAAUCGUGAUCAAGGCCAAGAAAUGCGAAGUAUUUUAACACAAAAUUGGGAAUAAAAAAUAUUAGUUAACUUUACAAUUUUUUUUUUACGAGGAGAAACAAAUAUUAUGUAACCAGCUAUACUUGUAAUAAACGUAU